GGAGAUUAUCAAUUACUUUUUCAAUUCACACCCCUCACCCUCACCCCACCCCUCACCCCACUACCAUGCACCCCAACCAACAAAACUAAGCAGCCCAUACCUGUCCAAAGAUUCUCCCCAAGUAAUCAAGGAUGUCCACAACUCCUGCUAUAGAUUCUUGUACAGUAGAAACCAGUGAUGGGGUCAAACUCCAUACCAAAAUCUUCAAACCAAAUCCAUAUCAAGAAGGUGGAGAAAUAACCAAAAAUGGGUCAUGGGUUGUGGUUUUGGUUCAUCCAUAUUCAAUACUAGGUGGUUGUCAAAGUUUAUUGAAAGGAAUAGCAAGUGGGGUUUCAAGAAAAGGGUAUAAAGCUUUGACCUUUGAUAUGAGAGGUGUUGGGAGAUCAUCUGGGAAGCCUUCUAUUACUGGGUUUAAGGAAGUUGAGGAUGUUGUUGCUGUUUGUAAAUGGGCUUGUCAAAAUUUGGCUGUUAACAAGAUUCUGUUGGUGGGUUCUUCUGCAGGGAUGAGGUGUGAGAGGUUGGCCGUCAAGCGCUUGAGGAAAGGUAGAGGUAAGCCUAAGAAGUACGGGAGUAAGGUGAUUAGGCAUGACAUGACACAGCUUCAGCUCACCGAGGAUAUGACCCAUGCUGGGAGGGUGUGGAGGACACGGAUUGGGGUAGAAGGUGCACCAAUAGCAGGCUCAGCAGUAGAUCAGGUUGAACAGAUUGUGGGAUAUGUAAGUAUUGGUUACCCUUUUGGUUUAUUGGCAUCGGUCCUCUUUGGGCGACAUCACAAAAACAUAUUGAAGUCGCCUAAACCAAAGCUCUUCAUCAUGGGGACACAAGACGGAUUCACUACCGUUAAACAGCUGAAUAACAAGCUUAGAUCUGCAGCAGGACGUGUCGAGACUCAUCUUAUUGAAGGUAUUGGCCACUUUGAGUUGGAAGGACCUGCCUAUGAUUCUCAGAUGGUAAUUUUCAUUGCAGAAUUCCUCAGCACUUUGUAGUCCUCAAGAUGCUCGCCCUGCACGGGAAGAAUUUGCGACAUAAUGUGGUUGUCUAUGAGCGACACCCAAGCGUUCUACACACGGUGUUGCACCGUCAGUGUUAGGCAAUAUCGUAAAAUGACGCUUUCUAGCUGGUCUCCAAAUGACAAACUUCCUAUGUAUGUGUUGAGAAAUUCACUAAAUAUGACAACUUUCCAUCACCUGAUUCUUGGAAGAGAAAAAUGGAGUUGGGAUUGAUUUUGUGGGGUGGGGGUGGGGGUGGGAGUGGGGGUGGGGGUGUUGAUGGAGAUCAUAUGGUACGGGUUUGGUAAAACUCAAUAGUUUUGGCUUAAAUUUUGUGUUGAGAAAUCCGCUAAAUAUGUAUAUAUAAUAAACUUUGAACCUAGUGACAUGGAAAGGAUCGUCAGAACCUAUAAAUUUCAAAUCUUGAUUGUGUAUGAGCAA